GCCCUCCUAAUCGCGUACACGUCGGAGUUUUUACAGAAACUGCUCUACGCCUACGAUGUGAGCUGGGACUUGACGGGUUACACAAACUUCACCCUUGUCGCGGCGCCGAAAAAUCUGACCAAACUGCCCUGCAUGUAA